UCAGUCAAAGGUUCAGUAACUCCUGAUAUGGCGACGACUCUGCAUCUAAUUACGCUGGCUUUAGUGGGAGUAACCAUUGGUCAAACCAAUAACACGGAAUACAAGCUGGUGCUGGCCUCAAUUUUGGAUACGCUUGAGGGUGGCCUUGAACUCCAUCUGAGGAAUCCUGCCAAUGGAGACAACGAACUGGUCCAGUUUGUGAUGAAGCACAGAAAGACUUCUCUGAAAAUUAGACUGAGUCAGGAGAAAGCACCUUCGGAAGCAUCAAAUAUUCGGCAUAAUUUCUAUUUGUUCGAGGACGUGCAGCUAAUGCAUGACAUCCUUAUUAGUUUAGUCAAUACAGAUGGCUUUUACAUACUGGCUUUGGAGAAAUAUGAGCCCGAGAAUGAUGCAAUUUUAAUAGACUUCAUGGCCAAAGUUUGGCUCCAGCAUGGACACAGUCGGAUUUACUAUGUUCAGUUGAGUUUAGAACGCAUACUCCUCUACAAUCCCUUCAGGCAAAGCGUAGUCUUGGUUAAAAAUCCCAAAGCCUAUGGACGAAUCUACAAAAAUCUUCAGGGCUAUCCCUUGAGAAUCUACAUCUUCGAUUCGGUGUACUCCAGUGUGAGUGGGGAUGGCGCAAGCAACAAGGUGCUGAGUGUAGAUGGAGCGGAUGCCAAGUUGGCCAAAACAGUGGCCAGGCAAUUAAACUUUACGCCCCAUUAUCUCUGGCCCGAUGAUGAGUUCUUCGGAGGCCGCCUGCCGGAUGGAUCGUAUAGUGGCGGCGUGGGUCGCGCCCACCGCGGCGAAGUGGACAUAAUCUUCGCGGGAUUUUUUGUCAAGGACUACCUGACCACCCACAUCCAGUUCAGCGCAGCCGUGUACAUGGACGAACUUUGUCUGUAUGUGCAAAAGGCUCAAAGGAUUCCGCAGUCCAUCCUUCCCCUCUUUGCCGUUCAUACAGAUGUUUGGCUGUGCUUCCUGUUGGUGGGUCUCGUGGGUUCCCUUGUCUGGCUCCUUUUGAGGGCUCUAAAUCUGGGCCUGCGCAUCGAAGGCAUACCAGAUGGUUCACAAACUACAGCGACUAGUAGUUUUGGAGCAGCUGGUCGCAUUUUCAUCGACACUUGGGUCGUUUGGGUGCGAGUGAAUGUGGGCCGCUUUCCCCCUUUCCACUCGGAACGCAUUUUCGUGGCUUCCCUUUGCCUGGUGAGCGUGAUUUUCGGAGCCCUGCUGGAGUCCAGUCUGGCCACAGUUUACAUUCGACCUCUUUACUAUCGCGAUACCAAUACCUUGAGGGAACUGGAUGAGUCCGGCCAUCCCAUUUACAUCAAGCAUCCCGCCUUCAAGGACGACCUCUUCUAUGGUCACGAUUCGGAGGUCUAUCGUCGGUUGGAUGCCAAGAUGACGCUGGUGGCCGAGGGCGAGGAACGCCUCAUUGAGAUGGUUUCCAAGAGAGGAGGAUUUGCGGGCGUCACCCGCUCUGCUAGCUUGCAGCUGAGCGACAUUCGAUACGUUAUGACCAAGAAAGUGCACAAGAUACCUGAGUGCCCCAAGAACUAUCACAUCGCCUAUGUCCUGCCACGCCCCUCGCCGCAUUUGGAGGAGGUAAACCGGAUCGUACUCCGCCUGGUAGCCGGCGGAAUCGUGGGCUUGUGGACGGGCGAGGCCAAGGAGCGUGCCAAGUGGAGCAUCCAGCGGUUUCCCGAGUACUUGGCCCAAUUGGACGUCGGCCGGUGGAAAGUGCUCACCAUUUCCGACGUCCAACUGGCCUUCUACGCCCUCACCAUCGGAUGUCUAUUAUCGGCUGUUGUUUGUAUGGCCGAGGUCUUCUUAAGACGCAAGCGAACAUUCUUUAGCCAUUCGAUUGGAUCAAAUCAGUUUUAA